AUAGAUCACAUGACCACAUCAAUGAGGAUGGAGGACCGGAGUCACAUGACUGAGAGGAUACUAAACCUCACCCUGGAGAUCAUCUACCUGCUGACUGGAGAGGAUUCUGGGAUUCUAACAUUAUAUUCCUAUUGGUUCCUCAAUACAGAGAUUUCCUCUUCUGAAGUCAGGUGAUCAUAUGACCAUCACAGUGCCUCCAUGUGACUCCCUAAACCCUGAGAGACACAACAUGCAGAAGAUUCUAGAAGUCACCAAGAAGAUGAUGGAGCUGCUGACAGGAGAGGUUCCUAUAAGGUGUCAGGGUGUCACUGUCUAUUUCUCCAUGGAGGAGUGGGAGUAUUUAGAAGGACACAAGGAUCUCUACAAGGACGUCAUGAUGGACAAUCAGCCGCCCCUCACAUCACCGGAUGGAUCCAGUCAUGGGAACCCACCAGAGAGAUGUCCCCGUCCUCUGUAUUCCCGGGAUUCCACACAGGAAGGUCACACCAUCCCUCACCAUCAUCAGGGUGAAGAUCUGAUAGAUAUAGAAUUUGAGGAUAAAGCAGAAGAAGAAGAGGAGUAUGUGAGGGAUGAUCAGCAGUCUAUGGAGGAGGAUGGAAUAAUGGGGACAUUUAUAGAGAAGGAUCUCUACAAGGACGUCAUGAUGGACAAUCAGCCGCCCCUCACAUCACCGGAUGGAUCCAGUCAUGGGAACCCACCAGAGAGAUGUCCCCAUCCUCUGUAUUCCUGGGAUUCCACACAGGAAGGUCAC